UUUCUUCCCGUCCCUUUCCUCUCAUCUUCCUUCCCCCCCUCCUCCUCCUCCUCCUUUGCGGUGUGUUAUCCCGGUUAGAAGCCUGCCACAUUUGUCACUCUGAGGUUACCGAGCAUUCAUCUACACUAUCAACUCUUGAGUCACCUUGAGACACGCCUCCCCGAGUCCCCGUUUCAUUAAAGCACAGGUAGUGGGGCGCGCACACGGCUGGCGGGAAGAGGCAGUCAGCUGACGGCCCAGGAAGUGAUAGAUGUCUCACAAAAACUUGGUGUCCUAACACCCGGAACACGGUGCACGCGAGCCAGCGGGAAGCACUCAGACAUGGACAGGACGCAGAAAGGCACGCCGGAGCGAAGGCUGCACCACAGGAAGCUGUAUAAGAAUGCACGUGGCAGGACUCCCCCGUGGAAGGAUGUUUAUCGCAAGCGAUGUAUGGAACGGCUGCGGUCCAGCAGAUCACAAUUGGUGGAUCACUUCCGUUCAGCUGGAGAUGCCAUCAACAAUAACAAUAACAUCAACUUGCCGGCAGCCAGGAGGGUGCAGGAUGCGAUGGAGGUGGAGUGGGUCGCCAUGAGUCCAGGCACUGGUUUUCCUCUCUCAUGUCAGGAUGACUCCCAAGAUGACGAGGCAUUAAUGGCUCUUAUGGAAGAAAUUCAUCAAGAACUCAUAUCAGAGGAGGAGAAGACAAUCAUGGAUGUUCUCAAUUUUGAUACAGCUGCUCUGGCAAGCCAAGUUGCCCUUCAGGCAGAGGAGGUUAUCUGCCCUGUGUGUCAGGUUCAGGGACUACAGGAAUCAAACCAAUCUACAGUUGUCUCCAGAGAUGUUUUUGGGUCGAAUCUCCUUGUGUGUGGGUGUGGGUUAUCUCUGCAGGGUGCCAACCUUACACUUAAUACAGUAAAGUCAAGCUUAGAGAAUACAUUAACCCAACAUGGCCAGACCUGCCUUGGGAGGAUGUCAUUCACUUCAACCACAGACACUCAGGGUGCUAAUGUUCUCAUAACUUGUAGUCUCUGUGAUUGGAUGUCUUUCCUUUUGUAAGAUGUGCAUUACAUGAGCAGGUUGUUCUUGAAGUCUUCAUUUACUGCCCAUGGUUUCAUAUCAUAUAUGUAUUUUUGUCUGUGCUGAAAAUAGGUUUAAUACAAUGUGAUGAUAUGUAAAUGGUUAAGGUUGGUAGGUAAUUGAAUUACUGUACUUCAUUCCAUUUCAUCUUAUCAUAUUACAUCUUUUCCACAUGCUUUGUGCUUCCCAGAGAGAAGACUGAAGUUAUGCAUACAUAUUUAGUGAUGGUUUGUAUACAUAAGAUUAGUCUGUGAAUUUGCCAUUGUUUAUAGUGGUGAAAAAUUUUACGCUUCUGCAUGAGUUGGCUGAAGGGAGUGUGAGAUAGAGGGAUAGUUAUGGUAAAGGAAGAAAAAAUUUGUUUUAGGGUAUGGUAAUGCACGUGACAGCUUUUAUCUGCAUUUACAGGAAUUUGUAGUACUGGAUGGGCAUGGAUGCUGUGAGUUUUGGACUUAGAAUGUAUAAGUAAAUACUGAAUAUUGAGAGAAAUGAGUGUCAAAUGGAUGGUGCUUACCUUCUGCUCUGCAUCAUGAAGAUAAGGGAUGGCUUUUUUAUCAGUAGGUAUAUAUAUGACAGUGUAGCAACAGUCAGUUAGUGAAAAGAAUGAAAAACUGUCUUUACAACCAAUGUAAAUUUUGUUUCAAAUUUAGAAGUUCAGUUCCCUGUAAAUUUAUUGAAUUUUGGAAGUUGUGGUAUUUGAUUUGCUAUUAACUUUUGUUAUGGUGAACGGUAGGUACAUGGAUAAAAGAUGGAUGUUAAUUAAAGUAUUAUAUAUUUGUACUUUAGCUUUUUUAAUUUGAGUGGUAGUGCUUUUAAUAAGUACACGUCCAAAAUCUAGUCCGUUGUGUAUGUAUUCGUGUUAUGGUAUUAUCAGAUGUCUUCACAUGUGAUGUAUGACAAAGUUCUUUCAAAUAUAUGAAACUCGUUCUAGGAGAAACCACUGCUGGAGAAGGGUGCAAAGGUGUUUUAAACAUUUGUGAUUUCAAGAUAUGGUUCAUUAUAAUGUUAAUUAUGUAAACUGAUGUGGUGCCCUGAUGUUUUAGCUUACAUUCACAUCAAUGCCCAGUGUUGUAUUCAUGUUUGCAGCUGGUGUACCAGUGAAUUGUGAUUUAUUCUUGAUUUGACCGUGAUGAUAUGAAUAAUUGUUUUUUGUUAGAAAGAUGAGCUUAAUUAAUUUUUUUAAUAUGCUGCCACUGAACUUAACUUUAUAAUUAAUGAAAUAUUUUUAUUUUAUGGUUUUAAGUUAAUGAUUCAUUUUAAGUCCAUCUGUGUACUAGGGUAACAACCCUACAAAGGGUGUAGUUGAGACAGAAAGGCAAUUUGUACUGGAUUUGUGUCACUAAAGUUUUAUUUUAUUUA